UGGUUUAGCCCGGUUGCCUAGGAGACCGAGAGACACUCCGGAGGUGCAGCGGGCGAGCCGAGGCUAUGGCCACGUUAGCCAGGCUGCAAGCCCGGUCGAAGAGUUUAGCCCAGCAGUACUACUACCGGAACAGUGUUGUGGAUAUAUUUCGAAAAAAGGAGAAUGAUGCAGCAAUUAAAAUCCAGAGCUGGUUUCGAGGAUGUCAAGUUCGAGCAUAUAUCAGGUAUUUACACAGAGCAGCAACAAUUAUUCAGAAACAAUGGAGAGGUUACUUAGGCAGACAACAAUAUCAAGUAAUUGUGAAGUUAGCGUAUUACACUAUGAAGAUGAAUCUCUACAAUGCAAUGGCUGUCAGGAUUCAGAGGCGAUGGCGGGGGUAUAAGAUUCGGAAAUACUGCUUUAAUUAUUAUUAUUUGAAGGAGUACCUGAAAGCUGUUUCUGAGACCAAUGAUGCGAUUAGGGAGGCCCUGGAGGAGUUUGCAGAGAUGAAAGAAAGGGAAGAGAAGAAGGCAGACCUCGAAAGGGAGGAGAAAGAAAGAGAUUACCAGGCUCGAAAGAUGCAUCACCUCCUCAGCACAAAGCAGAUUCCAGGAAUAUAUAAUUCACCGUUCAGAAAAGAUCCUGACCCAUGGGAGCUGAGGCUCCAGAAGGCGAAGCCUCUAACGCACCGAGGCCCUAACCUGAAGCGGAAGCCCUGCGUCAGCCUCAGCAACUGGCUGGCCUGCACCAGCGCCCGGUCCUUUCCUCGGUCUGGAAUUCUGCCCCCUAUUGACCGGAAACGCUGUCAGGGACCAUUCCGCGACAUCUCGGAAGUAUUGGAACAGCGCUACAAGCCUCUGGAACCGACACUGCGAGUGGCAGAACCCAUCGAUGGGCUAACCGAGGCCAGAGCACAGCUCCAGAAGCAGGAAAGUGCGCGAAAUGUGAAUGACAAUAUGUUUUUGCCAUUUUCUUCCUACCAUAAAAACAAAAAAUACGUCCCAACAAUGCAUUUAUCAAGCAAAUAUGGUCCUGAUGCUUAUGGAACUCAACAUUUCCGAGAUGAAAAUCCUAAGAGAUGGAUCUGUAACAAGGAUUUCCAAACUGUAUUGCCGUCAUUUGAUCUCUUCUCAAAGUAUGGCAAAAUGUAUUCAAAAGCCGGACAAAUUGUAUAAAGGUUCAAGAACUUCAUGCUCAAUUUGUCUCUACCAUUCCCUCUCCAUGGCAGACAUUGCUAAUCACCAUCUUCAUUUCUACCGACCAGAGCUCAGAAUCCUUCUCUACAGGGUCCCCACACGGCCACUCUUCCAUUGGAACUGGAAUGUGAUGUGCUAAGUCCCUUCAUUGUGCCCAACUCUUUGCAACCCCAUGGGCUGAGGAGAUUCCAGGCUCCUUUGUCCAUGGGGUUAUCCCAGCGAGAAUACUGGAGUGGGUUGCCAUUUCCUCCUCCAGGGGAUCUUCCCUACCCAGGGAUCGAACCCAUGUCUCCUGCAUUGGCAGGCAGAAUCUUUACCAGCCUUUGGAAUGUGAAUUGAACCGUGAAUUUAACCCUAUUUGUUAUUGUUGGGAUUUUGGUUUCAAUAUGAUAAAAUUCAGUGAAGAGGAAGGUGGAGAGUGGAUUAAAGCUCUUUAAUAAUUUGAACAUGCUCUAGUUUGGGUACUGGUCCAAGGUUGAUGUCAGUGUUUCCUUCGAAUUAAAUUAAAGAAUUACAUAGGAUGUCAACCAUGCCCUUGAUGAUGCAGAUUCCAUUAAAAAUAACUGUUUCUGAGCAGAUCAUUGGAAGCAAAAUACCCAUAUUUGGCAAGAAUCUCGGUGCUAGAUUAUUAAGAGAACAAGGCAGUAAAAGUGAAUGACUGAGUGGUAUCUGUAAACAUUAUGUCAGAACUUUUGUUUGGCUUAGUUUAAGAAAGGAUUAAUUAGUUUCUAUUCAUUUUUAUUCAAGUCCAUAUAUUUCACAGCUUGUGUCAAACACCUCCAAUCCAGAAUAUCCUCCCUUGACAGCUAUAUAUGCUUUCUGUUCACAGCAGGUUUCAUUUAGGAGAGCUAUUUCUUUAUGAAAUACUGAAAGGAGGUUUUUAGAAGAAAAUAUUGCUUAGAAGCUUAAUCUCCUUUUACACUCAUCGUCACCUUCUGCCAAGAGGACUGGAGAAUGUUCUAUCUUUGUUGCAUGAGAUCAUGCUCAUCUACUGCCAAACUUCAGAGAGGCCACCCAGAGUACAUAUUUCUCCAUCUGUCAGCACCAGGAAGCCUUUGCAAUUUAUGGAUGGAUAAUUAUUAAUACAAGUUUGUGGCUCUUUCUCUGGGUGCAAGUCUCUGGGAAGAAGUUAGGGUGUGAAAAUGGAGGGCCUAUCUGUGAUAAAUCAGCGUUAAACUUGUUAGGUCUUAUUUUUUUAAUAGUCAAGUUGCCUUCAAACAAUAACAAAGUGCUCAGUUUCUCCCCACUUGAUCUAUAUAUUCCAUAUAUGCUUGCUGAUGGCACAGACCAAAUAAACAUCAAGUAUUUCUCCUUAUGGCUAGAAAUCACUAUAACAAGAGUUUGUUUACCUAGAACGAUGGCCCAAAUGCCUUUAUUUAUUAAGAAUGGAAAAACUAUUACGUAAGUAAAUUUUCCAUUGAAAAAAAAAAAAACAAAACAAAACCAAAAACUCCAGGGAGAUAGUUGGCCUGAAAGAAGGCCUUGGUGGCGAAAUGGGUAAGAAUUCUUGAUAAAGAGUCCUGUUGACUCAGAGAAUGUUGGUACCAUGUAAAUCUUGCUGAAGGGCCUGGUUUAGGAGGGAAGAUGAUUAAGUCUGUCAUAAAUUUACUUUGAAGUGAGUGUAUGAUAUGUCAGUGAAAAUGUCCUAUAGAAUGUGAAGUUAUGAAGUGGUGGUUCUGGUGAAAAGUCAGGACCCAAAAUAUAGAUUUAGGCAUCAAUCAGAAUAUAGAUUAAGUCUGAAUCACUGACGGAAUUAGUUCACCAAAGUAGUUAAAAAGGAAGCCUAGGAAUAGAGCAUAGAAGAGAAUGUAAAGGGGAAAAAGUGGAAUAAUGUAGACUGUCACAGAGGCCUAAGAAAAAGAGAGUUCAAAGAGGCCUUUAUCAUCACCUUCAAACACUAUCCAUGAAUAUGAUGUCAGAUGGUUAGAGAGAAUAAGCUUAUUUGCAUUGAUUUUCUUUAUCACUGAUGCUUUCAAUUGCUUCCAGUUUCAUCCAGUAACCAAACCAUUCUCACCGAUUUUUGUAAUGUGCUUCUGUCCAUGGUUAUAAUUCAGCUGUGCUGUGCUGGGCUUCAUUGCUCAGUCAUGUCUGACUCUGUGACUCCAUGGACUGCAGCCCGCCAGGCUCCUCUGUCCAUGGGGAUUCUC